AUGCCAACUCAUAUGGCUGCAUCGCGGCUGUCCACUGGCACACGUCCUACGAAAUCAUCUUCAGCUGCCUCAUCCGACGAAAAUCGAUCUCGUUCUGCCCGAAUCGCAAGCAGCAAUGGCAGGAAUGGAGCCGAUACUCUGGCACUUUUGGGUAGACCAAAUCCACAUAGAGAGGCUAAUAGAAUGCUGGGUGGUCUCGAUCCGUCUAUGAGUGGCUCAAAGGACUUGUCGGGUCAAACAAAACCAAGGAUUGAGCAUCACAGAUGUGACGAUAGGGCUGAAAUGGAGGCUAAAUAUCGGAUAGGUCGCAAGCUAGGAAGUGGUGCUUUUGGAACCGUACGCUUGCUAGAAGAUCGGGAUACGAGUGUAGUCUAUGCUUGCAAAGCUGUUGACAAACCAGCUGUAGGUCAUGCAUCUGCUUACGAACAACUUCAGCGAGAGGUGGCCAUCAUGAAGGCUGUCUAUCAUCCGUCCAUUGUACAAUUACGAGAGGUGUAUGAGACCAAAAAGAAGGUUUUUCUGGUUAUGGAAUAUUGUCAGGGAGGUGAACUAGUGAGUAAAAUACGAGCCAGACGGCAUUGUCCAGAGUCAGACGUGAGGACGAUUGUUCGGAGAUUGUCUGACGCUGUAGCAUAUCUACAUGAAUAUGGGAUUGUGCAUCGGGAUUUGAAGCCUGAAAACAUCCUGAUAUCAAUGGAAGAUCCUUCCAUCGAGCACAAUAUUAAGGUCUCAGAUUUUGGAUUGGCCACAUAUGCAGACGCUUGUGGAACAAUGGACAAUGUAGUUGGAACACCUUUUUAUAUGGCUCCUGAAAUAGUGCAAAAUCUUGGAUACACAGCACAGUGUGACAUAUGGAGUAUUGGAGUCAUGACCUAUUUAUUAUUGUUGGGUUAUACGCCAGAGGCAGAAAUGAUGUUGCAUGAUAUGAUUGCGAAUGGCAAGAUUGAAUAUCCAGCACGACUAUGGAAGGGUGUCUCUCCAGGAGCUCGGAAUCUGUGUGAAUGCAUGUUGAAAUUCGAUCCAGCGUCACGUAUAACAGCACGAGAGGUCCUUAUACAUCCAUGGAUAGCAUCAACGCUGGACAUGACCAGCGAUUCACCCUUCAGCACAACCGUAUUAGAUCUGAUGCGGUCUUUCAACGCCCAUACACGAUUACAGAGAGUCCUCUUGAUAGUACGAGCCGCCGUGAGAUUUCGACUGUUGCCCAAAAUACGGCGACGAGACUUUUUCGACAGGGAUACCAUAGUAGCAGAGCCGGAACAGGAUUACAUUAAUGAUGAGUGGGAGGGUGAACGAACCGACGUCCUGGAAGAACAGUCAAGACGACCGCGGAGGUUUGACAAAUCAAGUCAGAGUGUUGAGGUGUUGGCUGACAGAGGAUCCAAGAAACGAGAUAUUGUUACUGCUUCGGCAUCGAGUGUGUCAAGGCUAUCCAGACACGUACAGAACUCGCGGUCAUCAGAAUUGGAGCAGACGUGGUCGGAUUCUCAAGACAUGUCGAGCUCCAACAGAUCAGUGGAUUUACCAAGAACCGAAUCCUAUCGCAGUAGAAGCUCUGCAUCAUCUGCAUCAAAUUUGGAUUCCUCGAAUUGCACUCUGGAUCAUCCGCCGUUGGGUCGCAAAGUGUCGACUGGGUCGUCAAUAAAUAUUUACAACACAUCACAUCCAGAACCACGCACGGAUAACCACAGCGCCCGAAGUAGAAAGGCAUCAGAUGCACGAACAACAGAAAGGAAUGCUAGUUCAACAAAGCAACUUCCUGUAUCCAGCCCUACACGAGCGACGAGGAGGAAUACCAUUAGUAAACCUGUCACUCCUCCCAAACCAGUGGAAAUGAUUCGACCUCGAUCCAAAACACUAUCCAAUAUACCUCCGCCUUUGGACGGGUUUAAACCUGAUUCUCCUCCCUCCAAACCAAGUUCGCCCACUGCUGCAAAUGAUACGCCUCCAAGGCGAAAGAACAGUAGCGAGGCCACAAGUGAUACGCCGCCACGAACCAUGAGAAAGAACAGUAUCGAGACCACAAAUGAUAUACCCCAAAGGCCUAUAAUUAGAAAGAACAGUAUCGAGACACCAGUCACGAAAGUAUCGCCGACUGCUAGACGCCAACGCUCAAAUACCCUCAAGUGA